CGCGGUUCGGCUCACACGCGGCGGCGCCGGCACCGGGAGCGGCACCGGGAGCGGCACCGGGGCGGGGGAAGGACCAAAGCCGGGCAUGGCACGGCCUCCUGAGCGGGGCCAUCGGCGCUGAACCCCCGGCACGGAGCCCCCGGCACGGAGCCCCCGGCACGGAGCCCCCGGCUCAGCAUCGCCCGGGUGAUGGAGAACCUCACAACUCCUCCAGCCUGGACCAGGGUCACCAACAGCUCCUUGGACCUGGGUGGCACAGAUGACAACCCCUACAAGUGUGUGUUUGAUGAGGACUUCAAAUACGUCCUGCUGCCCGUCUCCUACGGCAUCGUGUGCGUGGUGGGGCUCUUCCUCAACCUGCUGGCCCUCUACGCCUUCAUCUUCAGGAUCAAGACCUGGAACGCCUCCACCACCUACAUGUUCAACCUGGCCAUAAGCGACACGCUCUACGUGGUGUCCCUGCCCCUCCUGGUCUACUACUACGCCAUGGGGGACAACUGGCCCUUCAGCGUGGGGCUGUGCAAGAUCGUGCGCUUCCUCUUCUACACCAACCUCUACUGCAGCAUCCUCUUCCUGCUCUGCAUCAGCAUCCAUCGCUUCCUGGGCAUCUGCUUCCCGCUGAAGUCGCUGCAGUGGGGCCAUGUGCGCCACGCGCGCAAGGUCUCGGUGGCCGUGUGGCUGGUGACCGUGGUGUGCCAGUCCCCCGUGCUCUUCUUCGUCACCACCAGCACCAAGGGCGACACCAUCACCUGCCACGACACGUCCAGCAAGGAGCUCUUCGGGCAGUUUGUCAUUUACAGCUCGGUGAUGCUGGUGCUGCUCUUCUGCAUCCCUUUCCUCAUCAUCAUCAUCUGCUACUGCCUGAUGGCCCGGCGGCUGCUCCAGCCCACCCGGGGCAUUUCCCGCCUCUCCCGCUCCAAGAAGAAGUCGGUGAAGAUGAUCAUCAUCGUCCUGGUGGUCUUCAUUGUUUGUUUUCUUCCUUUCCAUGUCACUCGUACCUUGUACUACUCCUUCCGGAGCUGGGACCUGAGCUGCCAGACCCUCAACGCCAUCAAUUUGGCCUACAAGGUGACUCGUCCCCUGGCCAGCACCAACAGCUGCUUGGAUCCCAUUUUGUAUUUCUUAGCAGGGCAACGAUUUAUGAAGUUUGCAGGCAACAAAGUGCCGUGGAAGCCUCAGAACGAGGUGGCUCUGGGCAUCGUGCCCAACAGUCACCUGGGAACCAGCAGCGACACGGACACGCUCUCCAAGGAUCUGAAAUCCUAGCUCUGCCCCACAGCAGGAGGGUUUAUCCAGGCUGUGAAGGGAGGACAGGAUGCUCUGGGGCCCGAGGCUUUGGGCAUUUGGGGUGCCUGGGCUGGCACCCCCUCCAGUGUGAUCUGUGUCAAACGCGCUGCUCUGCUUGUUUUGCUGUACUUUUUUUCAGGAAGGUGCAGCUGUGGUUGCACGCACGAACCCUGAUCUCUGGCUCUGCAUCCCAGGCUGCCCCUCUGAUCAACGCUGAGGUGACCAAAUCUGGGGAACAAAUCGUGCCCUGAGUGCCCUGAGACAUUUUCCCAAGCAAGAACGCCGCGUGCAGAAAGUCCCCCUAAAGAA